AUGCUGGAGGGCCUGGUGGCCGGCGUGCCCAACCUGCUGCUCCUGGACGGCCUGCCGGACGUGAAGGUGGUGUACGACGGCGAGAGGGACCCCAGCAAGGUGGCCCUGAUCUCCGGCGGGGGCAGCGGCCACGAGCCUGCCCACGCGGGCUACGUGGGGCGGGGGAUGCUGACCGCGGCGGUGUGCGGCGACGUGUUCACGUCGCCGCCGUCGGAGGCCGUGCUGGCGGCCAUUCGGACGGUGUGCGGGCCUGCGGGAUGCCUGCUGAUCGUCAAGCGAUACACGGGGGACUUGCUGCAUUUUGGCCUGGCUGCAGAACAGGCAAAAGCGGAGGGCUUCCGCGUGGAGAUGGUUGUGGUUGGGGACGACUGCGCCCUUCGGGCCGACGGCAUUGCCGGGCGGCGUGGACUGGCAGGGACGAUCUUUGUGCACAAAGUUGCGGGCGCACUGGCGGACCAGGGCAGGGACCUCGAUGCUGUGACUGUGGCAGCAAGGAAAGUGGCCCAGAACAUUGGGACCAUGGGCGUGGCGAUGGAUGUGUGCACCCUCCCUGGUGCCAGCCCCUCAGAUCGCCUGGGGCCUGACGAGAUCGAGCUGGGCCUUGGGAUCCAUGGGGAGCCUGGGGCCCGGAAGGCGGCUUACCACCCAGCCGACGCAGUUGUGCAAAGCAUGCUGCAGCACAUCCUGCAAUCUGAGUCAGCUUACCUGCCUGUGGAAGAGGGCGAGGUGGUGGCAGUUUUGGUGAACAACCUGGGGGGCCUGUCGGCCAUGGAGCUGCAUAUAGUCACCAGGGCGGCCCUCAAGUACCUCACAGCAGAGGCCAAGGUGGACGUCGCCCGGUUGUAUGUUGGCUCGUACAUGACCUCCAUCGACAUGGCAGGCGUCUCCCUCACAGUGUUUCGGGUGAGUAAUGAGUUGCUGCUCCAGCUCGACCGGCCGACCAGCGCCUUGGGCUGGGGUUCUGGGACGCUGACGUGCAUCCCGAGCCUUGACAAAUUGAAGACCCCUGUUCCGAAAGGUAUUAACUCGGCAGAUGUUGGGCCCGUGAGACCGGCGACGCUCACUCCCCAAGGCCAAUUGAUGGAGACUGCAAUCACGGCGGUGUGCGAUGCGCUGAUUGACAGUGAAGCCGAUCUGAAUGCCUGGGACUCCCAAGCCGGAGACGGCGACUGCGGGCUGACGAUGAGAAAGGGCGCGGAAGCCAUCAAGGCAGAUAUGGCCGGUUGCUACGCCCUGAACGACCCCCGUGCCACGACACAGCAGCUGGCUGCAUCGGUCAGGAGGUCCAUGGGGGGCACAUCGGGAGCGCUGUAUGACAUCUUCUUCACCGCGGCAUCGAAUGCGAUCCCCGCAGGGGAGGCCACCCUAUCCCCACAACAGUGGGCGAGAGCUCUGGGGGAUGGGGUGAGUGCGAUGCAGGCCUACGGUGGCGCAAACAAGGGUCACAGGACGAUGCUGGAUGCGCUGCUACCUGCUGUGGGGGCGAUGAAGGGGCUGAUAUCCGAGCCUGCCAUCGAAGUGCUGGGAGAGAUGGCAGAUGCUGCCAGGGCGGGGGCCGACGCGACGACGACCAUGAAGGCGUUGGCGGGCAGAUCGAGCUACGUGCCAGAAGAUGUGCUGCAGUCGGUGCCAGAUCCAGGGGCCCAGGCUGUGGCUAUUUGGCUCAAGGCCAUAUACGAUGCUGUGAAGGCCCAUGUGGAUGUGUAG